CGAGCCCACAUCUCCCGCCGCGCUUUACUACCACUACAUCCCUUCCCAGCGGCGCCAACCCACCCGAACCCGAUCCACCCGAGAGAUCACGCAGCAACCAGCCAACCCCGAGACCCACGGAAACAAAUCAUACGUACCUACGUGCGCGCUUGGCGGCAAUGUGCAGAGGCACGGUGGACGGCCUCCGCCCGCUCGGAGCCCGGCGGCGGCUCGAGGUGCGGGCGUUCUACCUCCGCCUCUCCUCGUCAUCUACAUCGGCGCCGCCCGCGGAGCUCACGCUCGUGUACCGCCCGGCCAUCGGCGGCGCGGCGCUGGAGCUGGCCGGCCGCGCGCUCCCGCCGGCGUGCCCCGCCGAGGUCACCCUCCUGCGCGUCCGCGGCGCCGACGGCAAGGACGACGCGCCGGCGUACGCGAACGCGGACCGCGUCUCGGCCGCCGAGGGCGCGCGGUUCGAGGUGUACGCCGCCGGGAACGAGGAGCUCGCCGCGGAGGGCGCCUUCGCGUGGCGCAACGGCGGGUGGCGCGUCGAGUGCCGCCGCCCGGUCGCCUCGCGCUCGCCCGUGGCGGAGGUGCUGGUCCUCGCGGUGGGCGGCGUGCUCGUGAGAGCCAGGGCCAGGGCGUCGCCGGCGAGGAGGAUUGGGUGCGCCACGCGGCUCGAGGGGAUACCGGAGGAGGAGGCGGGGCCGUGCGGAGACGAGUGGGAGAUGGUCGGCCACAGCGACGACGAGUUCAAGGAGCAUGAGGAGGAGGUGGAGGCGGAAACGGUGCGGUGGGCGCUGGAGAUGGGCGCCUGGGCGGUGUGCGUCGGGGUCGGGCUGCUCGCCACCGCCCGCCGGUUCAGCCGGAGGCGGCCCGCGCUCCGGUGAUCCCGCCAACGCCAAGAGUCAAGUAUGUUCGCGAGGAUUUUGUAGUACGUAGCCUCCUGUUUCUUAAGAAGUUCUCAAGAUUGUAGUAUGUAUAUACACGCGAAUCAAUCAACAGUCAAGACAUCAGAUGCCAUCUUACAAAUUGUUCAUGAGUUCA